AUGUUCUGUUGUACGGCUGUUUUCAGAAACUAUGUUUCUGUUUGUACGGCUGUUUCAGAAACUAUGUUCUGUUGUACGGCUGUUUCAGAAACUAUGUUCUGUUGUACGGCUGUUUCAGAAACUAUGUUCUGUUGUACGGCUGUUUCAGAAACUAUGUUCUGUUGUACGGCUGUUUCAGAAACUAUGUUCUGUUGUACGGCUGUUUCAGAAACUAUGUUCUGUUGUACGGCUGUUUCAGAAACUAUGUUCUGUUGUACGGCUGUUUCAGAAACUAUGUUCUGUUGUACGGCUGUUUCAGAAACUAUGUUCUGUUGUACGGCUGUUUCAGAAACUAUGUUCUGUUGUACGGCUGUUUCAGAAACUAUGUUCUGUUGUACGGCUAAACUGUUCUGUUGCACGGCUGUUUCAAAAAUCAUGUUCUGUUGUACGGUUGCUUCAGAAACUAUGUUCUUUUGUACGGCUGUUUCAGCAAUCAUGUUCUGUUGUACGGCUGUUUCAGAAACUAUGUACUUUUGUACG